GCCAAUCACAACCAAGAGGCUGCACCCAAUCCCAAGGCAGCAUAAAGGGUACACGACCUCACAGCGAUAUAAAUACGCCUGCAAGGGAACCACUGGCAAGUUAUUCUGUGUACUGUGGAGUGCCUCAGCGGGUGCACCAGGAAGAAAAGGCAAACAGUGCCGCCAAGCCACUGGACGCAGUGCGACUCGUCGGGGCAGCAGUGUCCGUGCCGUCCUACAACACAGGGUUAAAAAGAGGUACUUUUAACCCUGCUACAGCAUGGCGCCUCGUGAGGGUGACGCCCAGAGUGGUGACAGCAGCAUCAAGCUAACCGCUUACAAAAAGUUUCCAACAAACUACCCGCACAAGACCUUCCAGGAGUGGCUAAGCGCGAAGAGAAUAGAUGAUGAUGUUGGUCCCUACUGGCGAGUGCACGACAAGCUCUAUGACCUCACAGACUUCAUCGACAAACACCCAGGAGGGAAGAUGUGGCUGCAGGUGACCAAGGGCACAGACAUCACGGAAGCCUUUGAGGCUUCACACUUCGGUGAAGGACCGGAGAAGCUCCUUCAGAAAUACUACAUCAAAGACACCAAAACACCCAGGAAUUCGCCGUACACCUUUCACGAAAAUGGCUUCUACAAAACCUUGAAACGAAGGGUACGACCCAUCCUGAAAAACCUUGGACGAGGCCCCUCCUGGAAAACAGUGCUGAUCCAGGACGGCUUGGCUCUUUCCUAUGUGCUCCUGACGCUUGCUUCAACAGCAUUAUCUUCCUACACUCUUGCAGCUUUUGCAGGCACUGCUCUCGCCUUUAUGGUCGUUUGUGCUCACAACUUUUUCCAUCAACGUGACAACUGGAGAAUGUAUUACUAUGACUUGUCACUUCACUCAUCUUAUGAAUGGCGCGUGACCCAUGCCCUCUCACACCACCUUCACACCAACACGGCCAAUGAUAUUGAGAUAUCUGCGCUGGAACCAUUCUGGGAAUUGUUACCAAAGUCUGACAAGAAAUUCGUCCAGAGAUAUGCUGGCUUCAUCUACGAACAGGCAUUAAUUGCAGUCAUUUACUUCAUGGAACUGUCAAAACGGAUGUAUAAUGGAUUUACUGGGGUAACACCACUACGCCCAGAAAAUUUCUUGAUAUUCUUGGAGUUGCUAGUGAUGGCAGCCAUUUCAUCAUCCUUUUGGGUGGCUCUCAAGCUAUUUCUGACCAUCCACGUCACCUUCAGUAUUGUAUUCCUGAACAUCGGUCUGACCGUAGCCCAUCACCACCCGGACAUUUUCCACGAUGGGGACAGGAUGAGGGAUGACCCAGACUGGGGUCUGUGCCAGCUGGAUGCAGUGAGGGACAGAUACGAGGUGGCGGGUAACCUAUUCCUAGUGCUGAUAAGCUUUGGUGACCACACCCUGCACCACCUCCUGCCCACUGUUGACCACUCCAAGCUGAACAGCCUCUACCCGGCCUUCCUAGAAACAUGCAAAGAAUUCGAUAUUCCGUUUACCUUCAUGAAAUGGUCAACUUUGGCGGUCGGAAAGUACAUGCAGAUGGCCAGAAUCACCACAAAUAACAACUAUCCGGGAUUUAAGAAAAAAGCUUCUUAGAAUUUAUAAUCAAUUGGCCAAAUAUUAUUACAACGUGAUCUACCUUCCUUGAAUCCAUGUAGUGAACUGAAAGUUAGAAUAUGCUCUACUAAACACUCACAAUUUUUAUAUAAUAUAAUGGACUCAACUAGUUAACCUGAUACUGAUGUAAUACUUUUUGGCAGGUAGGGAGUCAUUCAUUGUUCAUUAAUUGUUUCAUUGUAUAGGAAUAACAUAGGUAUGUCAGUUAUUAUAUAAGUAGAACAUGAGUGCGGGGUUCCAGAUGUUUGAUAUUGUUAUCCAAAAGCUUGAACUUAUUUACUGUCGGGGGCGAUUCAGAGGAAGUUUUGGAUAUUACAAUAUAUCAGGGAAACUGCUGGAUUUUUUUCUAAAACACACACACACACACACACACACACACACACACAUACAUAUACAUACAUACA